GCCCCACGCGCCGGCCCUGCCGCCCCGCCCUGAGCAGAGGGCGCCGCCCCGAGGGGGGCAGGACAGGCCCGGCGGUUGGGCUGUGUGGCGUCCAGCCGCUCCGUCCCACGGGAGGCAGACACUCGCUCGCCAUGUCGGCUGCGGAGGCGGUGGGUGUUUUCCGCCGAGCCAGGGGCAGGACCCUAGACGCGUUUCUCUCAGAAAAGGAAAGGGAAUGGAAAGGCCCGUUCUACUUCAUCCAAGGCGCAGACCCACAGUUUGGACUAAUGAAGGCCUGGUCCACUGGGGACAGUGACAGUGGUGGUGACGAGUGGGGGCAGGAGAUCCGUCUCACUGAGCAAGCUGUUGAGGCCAUCAACAAGUUGAAGCCCAAACCCAAGUUCUUUGUUCUCUGUGGGGACCUCAUCCAUGCCAUGCCAGGGACGCCGUGGCGGAAGGAGCAGACCGCGGACCUGCAGCGGGUGCUGGCGCGCGUGGACCGUGACAUCCCGCUGGUGCUGGUCAGCGGCAACCACGACGUAGGCAACACCCCCACGCCCGAGACUGUGGCAGAGUUCCAGCAGACCUGGGGGGACGACUAUUUCAGCUUCUGGGUCGGGGGCGUCCUGUUCCUCGUCCUCAACUCCCAGUUCUGGUACGAUGCCUCCCAGUGCCCCGCCCUGAAGCAGGCACAGGACCAGUGGCUGGACCAGCAGCUGAGCGUCGCAGGCCGGCGCCAUUGCCAGCACGCCGUCGUCUUCCAGCACAUCCCGCUCUUCCUCCGCAGCAUCGACGAGGACGACGACUACUUCAACCUCACCAAGUCCGUGCGGAAGGAGGUGGCCAACAAGCUCACCAGAGCAGGUGUCACAGCUGUGUUCUCAGGCCACUACCACCGGAAUGCCGGAGGCACCUACCAGAACCUCGACAUGGUGGUGUCAUCAGCCAUCGGAUGCCAGCUGGGCCAAGACACCCACGGGCUCCGAGUCGUGGUGGUCACCGCAGAGAAGAUCAUUCACCGAUACUACAGUUUGGAUGAGCUGAGUGAAAAGGGGAUAGAAGCCGAUCUCAUGGGCCUGAUGGAGGAAAAGUGACUGCCACUGACAGUCUGUUCACGGUUCACUUCCACUGGUUUCUUACUUUGCCAGGAAUUGCCACUGCGCAUGGCCCCCUGUUGAAAUAUAAAAGUAUUCUAGGCAGAUCUGUGUCCUUUUGCAUCAUUCAGAGAGCUGAGUCCUAUCAUCCUACCCUAAGUUAUAUUCAAAAUAGAGCUGCCCUCCCUUUUAAAAAGUGGGGAGUGGGGGAAGCCUGAAAACAAAGGAAUAAAUGGAGUCAGAGUCUCGCUGCCUCGGUGUUUGAGUCAAUCCUCCUAAUGAUGUGUUUCUCAGCUCCGCUUGGGAAGUCGAUCGCUUCCCAGUCGCUACUGGGAAGUGUGGUAAAAAUCUGCCUGUCGCCCUCCAUCCCACCUUGGUAUCCAGGUGUGGUGUUUGAUAAUUCCGUGAACAAACCACGUCUGAUUGUCUUAGUUUGUGUCCACGACUCCCAGAAUGCCAAACAAAAACAAAGGUCAUCGCCUUUCCUUCCUGAUGAAACAGAUCACUGUGUCCCGUUAGCAGAGCCGCGUGGGUUUCUUUGUACAAGGAGCUGAGUAGACAACACUUGCUAUUAAAUUUUGACCCUCCUGCUGUUGUCACGAUGCCGUCGAUGCUAGUCCGAGUUGAAUCUGCCUUCCGGGAGACAAGAAGCCUCCUUGGCCCACACAUUGGCCGUCUCUAAAAGCCUCCCCCAGAGACGAGAACUGAAGCCCCCCAAGAGCCGUCUCUCAGUCCAUCUGAGUUUGUUCACGGUCACGUCCAGCAGCGCAGGAGGUCCACAGGUGGGCAUUCUUGUGCAGUGGAAAUGGCCCUCCACUUACAGGCCUCUUCGCCAUGUCCCCUCGGACAGAAAAGGGGGCAUCAAGGCGGAGUUCUGAAUAGAAACAGAGCAGAAACCCUGGUGGGGGCAGAAAUGGUGCGUUCAGCCCCGUGACCUAAAUUAGCACCGACUUUGAUGAUACGAACGAGGGGGUACAGUGCCCCUUGACAAAGGAGCGGGGGUGGUUUAAAGUCAGCACCGUUGUUAUGGGAGCUCCCUUGCCGCCACUUCUCUGCGUCUGCAGACAGCCGUGUGAGUGCCCCUGUUACCCCACCCGGCGGGGACCCUCAAGCACUCCCUCCUGCCAGGAACAUCUCAGCACCAGGCCGUGACAGCGCCGUCAGACCCAAACGACCAGCUACAAACGAACUUUCAAAGUCCAUUAAAUCAGAAGACUUCCUUGUUAAGAAGUUUUCGUCGAUGUAGCAAAACCGUGAGACAUGAAAUAGAAGGAUAAUUGGAUAUGUAAAUUCCUAAGAAACAAAAGACAGGAAGUUAAUUAUGCGACAGGUCAGUGAUGCGCCCGAGCUCAUUGUGUUUGGCACAGGAAAAUUUUUUUAAAAUUUCAAAAUUAGAACGCCCCUGUUUUAGUAUUUUGCCGCAGUCUGGUUUCCCAUUCAUUUUUCUUGACAACAGGUGUGGAUCGAAGAGGUCAGGAACAGGAGUUCAGUAUAAGGUAAUAAGCCACACGUCUGGGGCCUGGCUUGUGCUGACUUUCAGAGUCAGACGCCAGAGUCGUCUGUGCAGGUGUGGGGCUGCUGGGGGCACAGGGAAGAGGAAUCCCAAAGGACCAAUGGGGCCCUCUGCAUUGAGUGAUGUACUCAAGGGGCUCAGCAGACUGGGGCACUUGAGUUGCGGGGAGCAGAGUGGAGAGAAUUCAGAGUAAUGGAAAUGAAACUUCUAAGUCCCCUUCCCCACAAACCUGAUACGUAAAA